AUGUGAAGUGUUGAAACUCUGCAGUAAGAUCCUGGAAGGGAUGUGAGGGAGAGUCGGAGUGGGAGGAGGAGGUGACAGUGCCAUUUGCCUGGAGGGCACCCAUAAACCUGGAGAGAGAGAGAGAGAGAGAGAGAGAGAGAGAGAGAGAGAGUGUGCACCAUUUCUCACAGGUGACUGUACCAUGUGACUAGAAAAGCUUUAAAAAGCAGGCCAACCUGUCCUGUCGAGGUAUGAGUAAUCACAAGGCACCGGAGGAGUCAGAGGAGGAGAAUACCUGGGCUGUCGGCACAGCAGCAAACACCGACAGCCCCACUAAACAAGCCGAGCAGCGCCCAGGGAACUUCACCGUGUCAAGUCGUCUGCAAACACAGCGUUCCAGGCAGGAAGAUUCUAGUCUCGUCCAGCGUCCAGGUUAUUGGCACAAUGAGCUGCAGCAGUGUUGCAGAAUCAGAGUUCUCGGAGGAAGAGCUGGAGUUGGGUGCGCUGGACCAAGGCGACGAGGGAAGUCCCAAGGCAUCCUUCGAAGACAGCGAGAGUUCAACCAGCAGCCCGAGCGACCCAGAGGAAGGCCAGACCAAGAAGCGCAAUCGACCCGUCCGCUCAAAAGCUCGAAGGAUGGCUGCCAACGUCCGGGAGCGGAAACGCAUCAUGGACUACAACCAGGCCUUCAAUGCCCUGCGCGUUACCCUGAACCAUGACCUCAGUGGCAAACGGCUCUCCAAGAUCGCCACACUGCAGAGGGCCAUCAAUCGCAUCUCUGCUCUCUCUGUGUUCCUGAGCUCCAACCCCCCCAGCAAGCCCUGCACCCACCGGGAGUGCAACAGGUCAUCGGUGGGGCCAGCUGCGGUGGGAGCGUCUCGACUCGAGCAGCCCAGGGUAACGCUUCCUCGCAUGGAGCAUCAGAGCUACGUCCCCUGGCACACGUCCAUCUCUCACCAAAUGCAGCCACAACAAGGGCCUCAUGUGCACCGGCUGCCCACGGAGCCACACGUCUACAUGGAUAACACUGCGUCAUCAUGCCCCCCGUCACCACACUACCCUUGUUAUCCCACUGAGGGACAGCUUUACGGCUCGUAUGGACACUGCGGCAGCCCCCACGACCAUCCGCCCAGCCCCCUGCGAUACCCUCAGGUGGGUGAGGUGUUGGGCUACCAGCCGGGGAUGUGGGCCUCCUGCAAUCAGAAAUACAUGGACCCUUUUGCAGAGCCUUCUCCAGCUCUGGGGCUUCCCUGGCAGGUGAGCUACCUGCAGGAGCCGGAGCACAGCCUCUGUCUGGGCUCUGACAUACUGUAACGGGCGACACCCACCACUGGGAGCCCCGAAGACUGCUCAUAGCAGCACUGGACUGCUGAAUGACCUCAGGGAGAAAAGGUUUUUGUGUUUCUGCUGUUGCAAUCAACUGAGUAUUACAGUCACACUCUCUUAUUUUAGAGCAGUCAUCGUAACGCAAUAACAGAUAUAAAUACAAGUGCAAUGGCAAUCAAGACUGCAGAAUGUUGUAUAUAUCAGGAAAUGUAUUUUGAUCUGGCCUUUCAAAAUGUUAAAUAUAAAGAAUGUGUCCGCUGUAAAUAAUUCACCCACAGAAUUGUGUUCUGUGGUCGUUUGAUUGUCAUCGUUUGGUCUUCUGCAGAAUCUGAAAUAUGAGAGAUUAUGCUACAUUACUAAAUGUGUGAUAAGAAAAGGAAACAUAAACACUUACAGCUGAGUAAGACCGUGAAGAGCCAUUAGUAGACCAUUCAA